AUGAGCCGAGGAAGAGGGAACAGACGAGUGCGACACUGUCACUGUUAGCGCAGAGCUCGCACACACACACACACACACACACAUACACACACACAGCUCCUCCAACACGGACAAUCGUCGGACAGAAGGAACUGGCAAACAUCCCUCCUGCCUUUUCUAUGUGGAUGUUUUAGUCUAAAUGGAUGAUCAGGGCGAAGGGGAACAUGUGCUUUCGGGUCUAGAUGAGGAGGCAAUAGUUGACCAUGGAAAGACCAGCUUCACCACGCACUCAAACUAUGAACGAGACGAAUUGGAAAGCCACAGAGCGGUGUAUGUAGGAGUCCAUGUUCCUCUCGGAAGGGAAAGCAAGCGGAGGCAUCGCCACCGAGGACACAGACACCACCGAAAGAAGAAAGAGAAGGACUCUGACGAGGGGAAAGAGGAUGGCAGGGAAUCCCCCACUUAUGACACACCAUCCCAGAGGGUCCAGUUCAUCCUGGGCACUGAGGAUGAUGACCUGGAGCACGUCCCUCACGACCUCUUCACCGAGCUGGACGAGCUUUCCUUCAGAGACGGCAGCGCCACUGAGUGGAGAGAGACUGCCAGAUGGCUGAAAUUUGAAGAGGAUGUGGAGGAUGGAGGGGAGAGGUGGAGUAAACCCUACGUGGCCACACUGUCACUACACAGCUUGUUCGAACUGCGUAGCUGCAUACUUAAUGGCACUGUCAUGCUGGAUAUGAGAGCCAAUAGCAUCGAAGAGAUUGCAGACAUGGUGAUAGACAGCAUGGUGGCGUCAGGCCAGCUCAAGGAGGAUCUGCGUAACAAGGUUCGGGAAGCGAUGCUGAAGAAACACCACCAUCAGAAUGAGCGAAAGCUUAGCAAUCGCAUCCCUCUGGUGCGCUCCAUUGCUGACAUAGGCAAGAAACAUUCUGACCCACUCUUGCUUGAAAGAAACGGAGAGGGGCUGUCCUCUUCACGUCUCUCUCUCCAAAAGACGGGGGCAGGCCCAACUGUCUCCAACCUGCCCCAGAGACAAGAAUCCAGAGUCUCCGUCCUGCUCAACCAGCUCCUACCCUCCUCUUCCUCCAACUCUGGGCUUGCCCCAGGUUCCUCUCCUUUAAGCACCCCUCAAAACACCCCGUCGUCUUUCCGCCGUUCCUCACACAGCCCAUCACGAAGCCAUGGCUCAGGCCCCGGCCCUCAAGGCAUCCCCGAGGUUGUGGUCUCGCCACCCGAGGAUGACGACCCAUCCAACUCUGCAGAAGAAGAGGCGGCAUCACCGCAGCGGGGCCAGCAAGCAUCCUUGGCAUCCCAGAACAUUGAGCUGCUGCCCUUAGAAGGACCACUGGUGUCGCAAAACUCUGUCCCAAACAACCUGGAUGGCAACAAGGCAGAGAGGAGGCCGUCCAAAGUAGGGGUCAGUAGAGAAAGCAGCAGUGUCGACUUCAGCAAGGUUGACAUGAACUUCAUGAAGAAGAUUCCUCCCGGUGCCGAGGCCUCCAAUGUGCUGGUGGGAGAAGUGGACUUCCUGGAGAAGCCUAUAAUUGCUUUUGUACGACUGUCGCCUGCGGUCCUCAUCACAGGUCUCACUGAGGUGCCUGUGCCCACGAGGUUUCUUUUUCUGCUGCUGGGCCCUCAUGGUAAAGGGCCGCAGUACCAUGAGAUUGGUCGAUCCAUGGCUACGCUAAUGACGGAUGAGAUUUUCCAUGAUGUGGCAUACAAGGCCAAAGAUCGAACCGACCUACUCUCUGGAAUAGACGAGUUCCUGGAUCAGGUGACUGUCUUGCCCCCUGGGGAAUGGGAUCCUACCAUUCGGAUUGAGCCCCCCAAGAAUGUCCCCUCACAGAUGAAGAGGAAGAGGCCAUCCCAGCCCAACGGCACCACAUCUCCUGCUGGAGAGCUGGAAAAAGAGGACGACCAUCAUGUUGGGCCCGAGUUGCAGAGGACUGGAAGGAUUUUUGGCGGUCUGAUCAUGGACAUCAAGCGGAAGGCCCCCUUCUACUGGAGUGACAUUAGGGACUCACUCAGUCUGCAGUGUCUCGCCUCGAUCCUCUUCCUGUACUGUGCCUGCAUGUCACCUGUCAUCACGUUCGGAGGUCUGCUGGGAGAAGCUACAAAAGGCAACAUAAGUGCCAUAGAGUCUCUGUUCGGAGCGUCACUGACUGGAGUGGCAUACUCACUCUUUGCAGGCCAGCCCCUCACUAUACUCGGCAGCACGGGGCCUGUAUUAGUGUUUGAGAAGAUCCUGUUCAAGUUUUGCAGGGACUACCACCUCUCCUACCUGUCUCUGCGGACCAGCAUCGGUCUGUGGACGGCCUUCCUGUGUCUUGUCCUGGUGGCCACAGACGCCAGCUCGCUGGUCUGCUACAUCACCCGCUUCACGGAGGAGGCCUUCGCAGCCCUCAUCUGUAUCAUCUUUAUCUACGAGGCCCUGGAGAAGCUCUUCCACCUGGGAGAACACUACCCCAUCAAUAUGCACAACAACUUGGACAACCUCACCCUGUAUUCAUGUCAGUGCUCCCCACCAGCCAACGUUUCAACGAAGCUCCUGCAGCACUGGAACCGAACAGGCUACAGCGAAGACUCCAUCCCAUGGAGCGAUCUCAACGUGUCGAUGUGUAAAGUCCUCCAAGGGGAAUUUGUGGGUUCAGCCUGCGGUCAUCACGGGCCCUACAUCCCAGACGUUCUCUUCUGGUCCAUCAUUCUCUUCUUCACCACCUUUUUUCUGUCUUCAUUCCUAAAGCAGUUCAAGACUGAAAGAUAUUUUCCCACCAAGGUGCGCUCAACUAUCAGUGACUUUGCUGUAUUCAUAACCAUCAUGAUCAUGGUGUUGGUUGACUACUUGAUGGGGAUCCCUUCCCCUAAACUGAAUGUUCCUGAUCGCUUCGAGCCGACUUCAAAGCACAGAGGCUGGCUGAUCGACCCGCUGGGGGAGAAUCCCUGGUGGACGCUGCUGGUGGCAGCACUUCCUGCGCUGCUCUGCACGAUCCUGAUCUUUAUGGAUCAGCAGAUCACUGCAGUCAUCAUUAACCGCAAAGAGCACAAACUUAAGAAAGGCUGCGGCUAUCACCUGGACCUGCUGGUCGUGUCCGUCAUGCUGGGGGUGUGCUCCAUCAUGGGCCUGCCGUGGUUCGUGGCCGCUACCGUCCUCUCCAUCUCCCACGUCAACAGCCUGAAGGUGGAGUCCGGCUGCUCCGCGCCAGGAGAGCAGCCCAAGUUUCUGGGCAUCCGAGAGCAGCGCGUCACUGGAUUCAUGAUCUUUGUUCUCAUGGGUUGUUCCGUUUUCAUGACAUCCGCGCUCAAGUUCAUUCCCAUGCCCGUCCUGUAUGGAGUCUUCCUCUACAUGGGUGUCUCAUCCCUCAAAGGCAUUCAAUUCUUUGACAGAAUCAAGCUGUUUGGCAUGCCUGCCAAGCACCAGCCGGACCUGAUCUACCUGCGCUACGUGCCGCUGUGGAAGGUUCACAUCUUCACCUUGGUGCAGCUCACCUGCUUGGUUCUGCUCUGGAUCAUCAAGGCCUCCGCCGCAGCCGUCGUGUUCCCAAUGAUGGUCUUGGCGCUGGUGUUCGUCCGAAAGCUUCUGGACUUAAUCUUUACAAAGAGAGAGCUGAGUUGGCUCGAUGACUUGAUGCCAGAGAGCAAAAAGAAGAAGGAGGACGACAACAAGAUAAAAGCACGUGAAAAGCUGGAGGAGGAGUCCAGACUUCAGGAGGAGGAGGAGGAAAUGGGACUGAAGGUCGACUUUGAAGCAUCAAACCGUCUGGACAUCCCAGUGAAAACACUCUCAGGGAGAUCAUACAGAAUAGGAGUAGUGACCCACAGCCUCCCCGUGGAAGACGAGGUAGCAGGUCCUGAGUCUGACCCCUUGGUUGUAAAUAUCUCUGAUGAAAUGGCCAAAACCGCAGUGUGGAAAGCAGUGAACUCGAGUGCAGAGUCUUGUGUCCAACCUGUGAAGAGUAGUGGAAGCCAGGAGAAGGUGGCGUGCGUUAGAGUGGACAUCAGCCCGGACACGCCCGGAAAGAGCUCCACCGCCGAGACCUUCCUGUGAUCACGCUGAGACGGGAGGCCUUCCUUCCCUCCCCCCCCCGACUCCUCCUCCUCCUCCUCCUCCUCCCUCACAACGAGGACGCUGAAGUGGAGCAGCACAACCCGUCUACGCCAGUCCCCGCCUUCAGGGGCAGACGACCUCCUCCCUCCCGCCGCUGCAAGUCCUCAAUCACUCAAAAGAUUUGAAAGUCCGACGUGUGCAGCACAUGUACAAAUGAUGCACAGUUCAGAGCAUACAUGUCCAAGAAAUGACGGAAUUCUGCUUUUACUGCCCGCUGAUACUCAGUUUAGGACUUCUCUCAUUCUGGCAAUUUCUUCUUACCUGUUUGAACCAUGGAAGCCAAAGGAAGGGGUCUCACUGGUGGGGAUCUUAGACUGCGUGAGCGGAUUGUUUCCUUUAUGUCCUCGUAUGAUUUGUUUUCAGUUUCAAAGUAUAGAUAUUUUUGCAGGCCACUGUGCUUUUUAACUCUUACUCUCGAGUGUUUCUGCAUUGUUUUGUUUUGUUUUUUUUCUUUUCUUUCCAUGUAUUUCAGGUCUAUUAGGACCUUUCACUAAAACACACCAGCUUCAAAACUCAUUUGAUGAAAGCCAUUCAGGUACCGCCGGUGUCAGAUAUUUUAUAUUGGCUCUCUCACAGCAAAACGACACAGACAGGUACGUUUCAACACUACUGCUGCAGACAUCUUUGUGGAAUUUGCUCCGUCUGUCCCGCCUCCAGGAGAACACUCAGUGUUGAUGUUGCUGCUCGAAAGCUGGUCAGUUGUUUUCACUGUAAACGUCACUGUUCGUAGUGAAUGUGGUCGUAGAGGAAACGCAUUCAUCAUCUGUGUACCGUGCUGUUUCCAUUUUCAAUAUAGCAGAAAUCCUACUUUUAGAGGCCAUAUGAAGUCUGUACUGUACAGUAAGCACUUUGCCAUGAUAUAGUUUCUUACUGAAAGUAAAUUAUAGUGUGUUAAUAUAAAGUCGUUUUUUUUUUUGUUUGUUUGUUUUUUUCGUCCCUCUUCCCACAGUAUUUAGAGAGCUGUUGUUCAAAAGAAAGUUUAACAUCUCAGGAGUCUAAAACGAUUUCUGACUGUGGUCACUUUGUCACAAGGCAGCGAUAAUUAACUGUCCACUGUAUUCCUCUCAUCGCUGAUAUCACAACUAUUUUAAUAAAUGCUGUAAAUCAUAAAGUAUAGUUAAAAAAAAAAAAAAAAGGUGCAGAAUAUGGAAAAGAGAAUAUUUGUUGGUUAGUUGCACCGGAUUUUAUACUGUGUGUUUAUUGUUGAUAAGAGCGUGUAUGUGUGUGUGUGCGCGUGCGUGCGUGCGUGUGUGUGUGUGUGUGUGUUGUAAAAGAUAAUUUGGUAUGUUUAUCUACCGUGUAUAUCAUUGCAAAUCAUUUUAUGCAAAAUAUUUUUACUGUAUAUGUAAAAA